AUGCAGCCUCCUGCCGGGUCGCAGGGACGCGGCCUGGAAGUGAAUGGUAGCAAGAAGCACGCGGAGCCAGAGGCUUUAGGUAGUGCCUGUGUCUGCGAGUGCGCAUACCCCUGUGCUGCCCACACCCCUGCCUUCCAGCCUCCGUCGCAGAGCGUGGGAUCACGACCUGGCUCGUCCCUGCCCCAGAAUCGGCCUGGGCAGCCUCCAAAUUCGGCAUCAGAGCUGCGUCUACGUCAGGCCCCGGGCCCGCCGCUCGCCCUCCCCGUCGGGGGUCCCCUCCUGCCUGGGCAGAACGGCCGCUCCUCGCCCGGUCCGGAACCAGCGGGCGGGGCGCCCACCCCGGGCCCUGGGUCCGUGGGCCCCGCGGCGCCUAGACCGACUCCGCCCUCGUGUCGUGCGCGCCUGGCGCCCACCGACCCUCGCAAGGGCCGCGUCCCUGUGUUGUCGCCAAUACGGUUCCGUGCUCCUACCGGCUCCUGGGUCAGGCUGAGUGCGGGUCCCCUGCACCAGCCACCCCGGGAGACCCCGCCCCGGGGGGACCCUGCCCCGGGAGACCCCGCCCUGGAGACCCUACCCCCGGAGACCCCGCCCCGGAGACCCUACCCCUGGACACCCCGCCCCGGACACCCCGCCCCGGGAGACCCUACCCCCGGAGACCCCGCCCCGGAGACCCUGCCCCCGGAGACCCCGCCCCGGGGACCCCGCCCCGGGGGACCCCGCCCUGAGACUCUGCCCCGGAGACCCUGCCCCCCCGGAGACCCCGCCCCGGGGACCCCGCCUCGGGGGACCCCGCCCGGAGACUCUGCCCCGGAGACCCUGCCCCGGGAGACCUUGGCCCAGAGACCCCGCCCCGGGAGANGGAGACCCCGCCCUGGGAGACCCCGCCCCGGAGACCCAGCCCCCGGAGACCCCGCCCCGGGGACCCCGCCUCGGGGGACCCCGCCCGGAGACUCUGCCCCGGAGACCCUGCCCCGGGAGACCUUGGCCCAGAGACCCCGCCCCGGGAGACCCACACAGGGGUAG